UCAGUUAGCUGACAAAAUGCCUUCGACUAACGUGCUACUUUUCCUUGCAAUGGCAUUUCUCUGCCUAUUGUCAGUCAAUGGUGAAGAUCAGGAUAAGAACGUACUAGUGGGUUCAAAUUUUACUCUUCAGUGUACCGGUGAUGGAAAAUUAACUUGGUCCUUUGAACCCGAACUCCUCAUAGAUAACACUAAGAGUUUCGAUGAACAAGGAAGCCGAUGGGCACUCCUAAACUUCGGCCAGACGUUAGUAAUUUUCAUAAAAAGCGUCACUUACCAAGACACAGGAAAUUACGUUUGUUGGGAGGAUGGAGUCAAAAAGAGCUCAACGUAUUUAUUUGCCAAUGAUCAAGACGAAUGCGGACAACUGUUGGUUCCUCUCCAUGAAAGCGAGUCAACGCAAUUUAUGGUUUACCUUGGCGAGAGUUUUUGGAUUCCAUGUAGAGCAACUACGGAAAAUGCCACUAUUAUUCUUGAUUACGUUCCCUCGGGUAAUCAAUUUGAUUACAACCCAAAAAGAGGAUUUUACGUACCGGACCCAACUUUAUACGAGAGUGGCAUUUGGGAUUGUCGGGCUGUGAUGCCUCCACACUGCCCUCAGCGUGAUGCAGCACACACUUUCCUUGUGCAUGUCACUGGAGACGAUAAGGAAUCAAGACCAAGAAUUGUAGAGCUUGAUAACACUGAUAAAGUGGAGGGUUCAAACGUGCAUCUAAAUUGCUAUUUUUCCACGGAUAACAAACUUGAAGAAUUAUUCUGGGUUCAUCCAAAUGGUUCAACGAUCCAAACAAUUGACCGAUUUCUUGUUGACAAAAUCGCCUACAAAACAGGCCGCGAAGCUCAUCCUUUUGAUAUCUCAACGGAUUUACAUAUCUAUAAUUUCUCACCUGAGUUUGACAGUGGUACCUACACGUGCACACUACAAAGUGACGAAAAUUUGACAGAUAGAAUUUUGCUUUAAAAGUCACCUUUAGGCUGAUGAUUCGUUUAUAUUUCUUUUCGGGUAAACUAUGCCCUCUUAAUCUCUUUUACAUUUUAAUCCCUUUAUUAAACGUUAAAAUAUUUCAGUUUUUUUAAAGUCAUUUUUAUUUUUCAAUAACAAUAGAAUUGAGUUACAUUUAUUUUACAAUGGCUAUCCCCAUAAGGCAAUACAACUAGGUCUCAAUUGUAAUUAAACUAUCCCCAUGUGUUUUUUGCAAUUCGAACUUACCGAACUUACGAGUUAAUUUUAAGCAAAUCUGUUUGUAGAGUAUUAAAGUCGUCUUAAUACUUUAUUUUCAAUAUAAUAUUAUUGGUGGUCAAAAUAAUCAUUUAAAAUUGUGAGGAGAGAAUAUAUAAAUAAGUGCUUACAAAAAUUAUGUUUAUACUAAAUCAACCUAAUUUCAAAUAUGUUUACUUUAAGAUGAAUAACAGCAGCAGCAGACUAUAUGCGCAGCACGCGCUGCUUCUUAAAUCUUUUAAUAAUAGCGUGCCUCGUUGAACCAGAUUUAUCUAUUGAGGUGUUAAAUUGUAAAGCUUGGCGUUGUGCACUCAGUUUCCAGGUAGCGACACGUUGAGUCUCACGUUACUAUUCACAUUCCACCUUUCCCAAUAAUAUUAAAGUAACCAUUUUAUAGAACGAACAAAGUGUCACCCCUGCAUUUGUUGCUUAAAAUAGAAUACCUGUAAAAUAAUUUAAGAGAGCGUCAUCACCAUCAGCAAAAUAGAGCUUGUGGGGGUUAAAAGGUGGAUAUGCUGCGUGGAUUUAAACUUCCCAACAAUUCGUGUUUGAGCGGUGACUUUAUUUAGCCAGUUGAGACAGAAUUGAACUGUGGAAAUGCACAUCGAAUUAAUUACUUGAAUAACAUAAAUAUCAUUGUGAAAAUAUUUCUUAACUAUAGCAGAUUAAAUCUCAAAAACGUAUGAACAAUAGUUUUGGCAAUAAACGAAUAUAUGAACACAUUAAAAACAUCAAAAGAUAAUAAUAUAAAUAUUUCACCCCUAGUCGGGUUCCAAUAGUUUGUGUCUUACACGCGCGCUCAAAGCGGCCUUGCGCGGAUUACUAAAUUACAAGCGUGCACGCACUGUAAAUCAAUUUAAUAAUAUUUCAAUAAAAUGCAAUAAAAAUAUAAACCAAU